AGUAUAACUGAUCAUCCAGUGUGUUUGGUUUAAAGUCGUCCGAGCGGCGAAAUGCUAACGGUUCAUGGGAGGCAUUAAGUUUAAAUUUUAAAAAAUAGUAAUAUAAAAAAAACUAAACAAUAAUGUCGCUUUCAACAGCUCGGUCCUUCCUGUCGGAGGCCUGUUAUGGCGAACAAGAACUGGACGCUAAUUCUGCUCUCAUGGAGCUGGACAAAGGACUCCGGUCGGGGAAACUGGGGGAGCAGUGUGAAGCUGUGGUGUUGUUCCCCAAACUCUUCCAGAAGUACCCAUUUCCCAUCCUCAUUAACUCUGCCUUCCUCAAACUAGCAGACAUUUUCAGACUUGGCAACAACUUUCUGCGACUCUGCGUGCUGAAAGUAACCCAACAGAGUGAGAAACACUUGGAGAAGAUUCUGAACGUAGACGAGUUUGUUAAACGGGUUUUUUCCGUCAUCCACAGCAACGACCCCGUGGCCAGAGCCAUCACUCUCAGGAUGCUCGGUAGUUUGGCCUCCAUCAUCCCAGAGAGGAAGAACGCCCACCACAGCAUUCGCCAGAGCCUCGAUUCCCAUGACAACGUGGAAGUGGAGGCUGCCAUCUUUGCUGCUGCAAGCUUCUCUGCUCAGUCAAAAGACUUUGCAGCCGGAAUUUGCAACAAAGUCAGCGAGAUGAUUCAAGGUUUGGACACUCCGGUGGAGCUGAAGCUGAAGCUGAUCCCGAUGCUGCAGCACAUGCAUCAUGACGCCAGCUUGGCCUCCAGCAGCAGAGAGCUCCUGCAGCACCUGGUCAACUCUUACCCCUCCACCCCCAUGGUCAUCGUCUCGCUGCACACCUUCACCCAGCUGGCUGCCUCCUCCCUCAUCGAUAUCCCCAAGCAGUUACAGCUCCUCCUUCAGUACCUGAAAGAUGAUCCAAGAAAAGCUGUCAAGAGGCUCGCAGUUAAUGACCUGAAGCUGCUAGCUAAAAAGGCUCCUCACCUGUGGAUCAGAGAAAACACUCAGACUCUGUGUGAGUGCGCGUUGGCCGUCCCUUAUAACAGUUUAAAGCUGGGAAUGUUGGCUGUUCUCUCCACCCUCUCUGGAACUAUUGCGAUCAAACAGUAUUUCAGUAACAUGGCAGGUGGCACUGCGGUUCCCCCACGGCUCACUGACCUGGUUAAACUGGCACAGGAAUGCUGUUACCACAGCAACCUGGCAGUGGCCGCACACGGGGUCAUCGUGCUCUCCAACAUUUCCAUUUCCUGUCCAGAGAAAGAUAUCGUACAAUUGGAGCAGGACACAGUUUUGGGAGUAGAGUCCCUUCUGAUGCUCUGCAGUCAGGACAGCAGCCCCAGUUCACAGGCCACACUCAAAACGGCCCUCACCUCUUUGGUCAAGCUCCUGAAAAGUCGACCCCAUCUCAGCCAGCCAGCGGUCGAAUUCCUGCUCGGCCAGCUCCACCUUUCCUGCGACUCCUCUCGCGUCCUCAUGUGCCACGCCCUGGCAGCCAUCGCCACCCACCUGCCCGUGCUGGGAGACGGGAUGCUGGGGGACCUGGUGGACCUCUACCGAGUGGCCAGCCACUCCUCCACUGACAAGCAGCAGGAACUUCUGGUUUCCUUGGCAACAGUGAUUUUUGUCGCCAGCCAGUCGUCUCUGUCGGCCGAAGUGAAGACUGUGAUCAAACAGCAGCUGGAGAACGUGGCAAAUGGCUGGACAGUGUAUCGCAUCGCACGGCAGGCUUCACGAAUGGGAUGCCAUGAGUUCUCCAGCGAGCUCUACCAGAGUCUGCGGACCCGUGUGGCAUCGGAGCACUUCUACUUCUGGCUGAACAGCCUGAAGGAGUUUUCCCAAGCCGAGCAGUGCCUGAGUCACGUUGAGGACGGUGACUACAGCGGAGCCAUGACCGCCAUCGCCGAGGCCCUGCGCUCCUACCAAAAGGGCAUCGCCUCCCUCACGGCUGCCAGCACCCCUCACAGCCCACUUACAUUCCAGUGUGAGUUCAUUAAGCUGCGGAUCGACACCCUGCAAGCCUUAUCACAGCUCAUCUGUACCUGCAACAGCCUGAAGACCAGCCCUCCUCCUGCCAUCGCCACCACCAUUGCCCUCACCUCGGGCAACGACCUGCAGCGCUGUGGACGCAUCUCGAUGCAGAUGAAGGUGUGCAUGGAUGAGUUCAGAAGCCUUGCCGCUCGUUACGCUGACUUACACCAGUCGUCGUUUGACGCUGAUUACGCCACCCUUCGCAAUGUGGAGCUACAGCAACAGAGCUGUCUGCUUGUCUCCCACGUAAUUGAAGCUCUGAUACUGGAUCCACAGGCAGCCAGUUUUCAGGAGUACGGCACUCUGGGGUCGGUCCAGACCGAGAGCGAAUACGAGCGACGGAUGAUGUCGGUCUUCAAUCGUGUCCUGGAGGAAGUGGAGGGCCUCACCAAGAAACACCCUCCUGUGUCACACCUGGUUUGCUGGUGGCUGAAGUCUGUCCCGGCUGACUUAGGAUGAAGGCCACCAGUCUGUCACAGGGCUACAUAUGGAGACAAACAAUCACACUCACAUUCACACCUACGGACAAUUUAGAAUUACCAAUUAACCUCAGCAUAUUUUUGGACUGUUGGAGGAAGCCAGAGAACCACGCAUGCGCAGGGAGGACAUGCAAACUCCAUGCAGAAAGAUCACAGGAAGGCCGGGACGCGAACCGGUUAAUCUUCUUGCUGCAAGGCAACAGUGCUAACCACUGUGCAACCUGUGCAUAUAUCUUAUAAUAAUAUAAUAAUAAUAGCUUCAUUUAUAGAGCACUCUUAAGAACAGCUUUCACAAAAUGCUUUGAGAGUCAAAAGAUGCAACACAGACACUCAAGCAAGAAUUAGGAGACAAGUCAGAGCAGUCAGUUAAAAUAAAUAGUAAAAAUGACAAGUUAAAUGAAUAAUUAGAUUAGCAUGCAAAUCAAACAAGGGAACUAGGCAGUUUGAAAAUUAAAGAAUAAUUAGAGAGAAUUAAAUAAUUAGAGAGAUGAAUAAAACCCUAAAGCUAAAUGAAGCUAAAAGUAAACUGCACAUAAAUGAUGAUUUAAAAGAUGUUACUGACUCUGCCUCAGGCUUAAUUGGACAUUAUCUACUCCUCUAAAUGGUGAUGCUAAUAUUGAUGUUGUGUUCAUGUCAGUGGUUUUCUACUAAGUUUGUCAUCACUAGUGUAAUAACCAGGGCUGGAUGGUUAACGAGUUAUUAUUAACGUAUUAAUUAAUACACUGUGCUAGCUGAUGGUGUUGAAAUGCUAAUUGAUGAUUAGAAACCCCUUGUGCAGUUGUUUUAGCACAUUAAUAAAAGUGUGAGCUUUCAUUUAAAACAUGAAAUUGUCUGAGUGACCCCAAACUUUUGAACAAUGGUGUACAUGUUAGUGCUGGUAGUAACACUUUAAAGCUACCCUCUCUAGUAAUGUAAGAUGGUUUAAUAAAGGAAACUGACCAAAAAAAGUUGCGACUAAUGAAUGUCAGCGGUAUAAAUGUAUU